CACCUGUCGGCAGGUGUAGGAAUCCGUUAACCAGCUCUCUGAAGGUGAACUAGCUUCACUGCACACACACACACACACGCCCAUUAAUCUUCUCCUGUAACGCCACCAGACAAUGAACCGUCAGAAUAAUGUUCCGUUCAGCCCUUCAGCUGUACCUCAAGGAGCUGCUGCGUACAAACAGCUGCCUGGAAGAGUACCCAAAGACUUCAUGGAAGCCAUGAAACGCAUCCCAGUGAAGCCAGCAGACACCUCAAACAUCAGGACAUCUGACAUGGCUGCUAACGCACCACCAGCCCAGAAACGUGCAGCGAAACAUUCUGCUGCUAAAUGGAAGUCUUCAUUCAAACCAGUAGGAGAAGAAGAUGACGACUCUCAAGACAAAAGCACGAGCAGUUUAGAAAAAGUCGAGUUAUAUGACCCUUACGAUCCUGGCUCGUCAGACUCUGAGCUCGAGGUGGCACAGAGCAAAGACCACAACCACAACCACUCUGCAUCCAAUCAGGAUAACAACCCAGGACGUCGACGUUUGUCUCCAGGUGGAGUCUGCCGUGAGAAACGCCGCUGGGACUCAUCCUACUCUGUGCCAGGGAGCCAACCCUUUGACAGACGCGAAUUUAGCCCUGAAACCAGACCCAGCGAGAAUCGAGGUCUCGCCCCAUGUCAUAGACUGUCUGAGGUUUAUAGCCCAGGCACUGAAUCACUUGACCGACCGGGGUAUGGCUCCAUAAGUACACCUCUGGAGCACAGGGUCUGCAGCCCUGACAGGAUUGUUCACAGCUCCUCCACCCAACAGUUUCCUGCAUCUUACGGAGGACAGAAUAUCAAUGGGGAGGAGCGGAUAACAGUUACAGAACACAGGAGAGAGAUAACCACUACUGUUAGAUUAUCCCCGCCCAAGAUACAGCGGGAUUAUCAACACCAGUCUGGGCCCGUGGAAACAGGUGUGGACAAAAUCACAGCUGCCACAGAGGUGACGAGAAAAAGAAGCAGAAGUAUUAUAAUGGACAAGAGCCCAAUCACCUGUGACCUUUGUGACGUUGAGCUGGCCAAUGGGCAGGAGUUUGAGGAUCACUUGGACAGCAGAGGCCACUGGGGGACACUAGAGCACAUUCAGCAGAAUAAUAAUUACGAUGAUCUGACUAUAGCUUUCCUGCAGGAAGUCAUGCUGUAUAAAAGCCGUCAGUGCAGUCGAGCCAUAGAGGACAGUGCUCUUCAAGCUCUGCAGGAAAAUGACCACAUGACAAAGGUGGAAAUGUUCCACUGUGCAGCUUGCAACGUCUUAGUAUCCACGUCUGCGUCCUCAGUGCAGACUCACAUUACCUCUCAGGAACACCUCGUCAAAACACAGGAGUUUGAAGUGCAGCAGAGACGUACUUGCCUCAGCAAAGCAGAAACCAUAAUGAAUGAGCUGAAACCUCAGUUUGAAAACUUCAUCAAGGGUGACAGCCCAUUUGAAUGAUGGAAAUCACUGGAAAUCUUCAAAAUACUGUUUUCACUGAGGUGCUGUUUGCGUCAGAUGAAGAGUAAUGGACUUUGAAUCACAACCACAUUAGUGCCACAUCAGUUCUCGUGUUUAGUCAGAAAAACUCCUGGUUUGUUCACACAAUAUGGACGUUUGUUGUUCUUUGGUGCAUGUGUUGUUUUGUCAUUUCAUAUUUUGUCCAUGUUCAUGUGACAGAACUCCAGGUAUUCACCAUUUGGUCACCUCAAGAAGAUGAAGCUGAUUUUUUUUAAUUUCAGGUCCAAUGUUUAUCAUUUCUGUGCAAAAAUAAUUAGAAAAAGUCAAUUUGUUUCUUUGCUUUUUUUUAUUUAGAACAACACAAAUGUUUUAAGCAUUGUAUCUGUGUGAUAUAGUACAUUUAAAAUUAAAUUAUUUCAAAACAGUAUAUUUAAACAUUAAAUAUAGGUGACAUGUAUGAAGGGCAUUUCCAGCACAGGCUGUGCGUGUUAGGUCUUUUUUCUUAACCACCUUCAGUUUUAAUUUUGUAUUUGUAUUAGAAACAAUGCAGUUACUGAAAUACUAUAAAACACUUUCUAUGCAUAACAA